UGACGCGCCGCGGCAGCACCGGAAGCGGCGGCGGCGGCGGCGGCGGUGCCUGGGAGCGGCAGCAUGGGGAAGCAGAAGAAGGCGCGGAAGUACGCGGUCAUGAAGCGGAUGAUCAGCCUCCGGGACGAGCGCAUUAACGAGAAGGAGCGGAAGAAAGCCCCCGUGAAGAAGAAGGAGGAUCCGAGCGCCAUCAAGGAGCGGGAGGUCCCCCAGCAUCCCUCUUGCCUGUUCUUCCAGUAUAAUACACAGCUGGGGCCUCCUUAUCACAUCUUGGUUGACACUAACUUCAUCAACUUCUCUAUCAAGGCUAAGCUGGACCUAGUUCAGUCAAUGAUGGACUGUCUUUAUGCCAAGUGUAUUCCAUGUAUCACAGAUUGUGUAAUGGGUGAAAUUGAGAAGUUAGGACAGAAGUACCGUGUGGCAUUAAGAAUUGCCAAGGACCCUCGGUUUGAACGCUUGCCAUGCAUGCACAAAGGAACCUAUGCAGAUGACUGCUUGGUACAGAGAGUCACUCAGCACAAAUGUUACAUUGUGGCAACAGUGGAUAAAGAGCUCAAGCGGAGAAUACGAAAAAUCCCAGGGGUGCCUAUAAUGUAUAUUUCCAGGCACAGAUACAAUAUUGAGAGGAUGCCAGAUGAUUACGGAGCUCCUCGAUUCUAACCUAUCCCACCAAGCCAUCCACUUCAGGACUCUGAGCCAGGAUAAGGAUCCUUCUGGUACCAAGCAUCUGCUCAUAGGACUGUGGGUGACAUGGACUGACUUAAUGCCCGUGAUCUUCUAAGAAAAAGAUUCUUGGAACAGUCUUUUUAUUCUUCCUUGUUCUGACUUGGCCUGAUUAGCUUUGAGAAGCAUAUGAGAAAGAGAAGAUGACAGUGCCCAGAACAUGCCUCACUCCCUCUUUACUGGGAUUGUUGUAAAAAGUAAUUUCAUCACUCUGAAUUAAAUAUUGGUGAUCCAGCACUGACUGAGAAUGAAACCACAGAAAUUUUGCUUCUUACUGCUGCAUCUGCAGUAGGGCAAGUAUUCCUCUGGGAAACUCCCACACCUGGAAGAGGGAGGUGUGAGGGAACUGGAAUCCAUGUUCUGGAGAAAAGCCAUCAGUUCUGUACCAGUUGAUGAGCCUUCUGUGGCCCAGUGGUCUGGAAGAUUUUAAUUUGGAACUGAAGGACUUGUAUUCAACUUUGUAAUGAAUGAAGUUCCCAUAAGUGCCACGCUCAGACUCCUUUGUCUGCACUGGAUUAGCUGGCAGCCCAGACCUUUUGCUUAUAUACAGAGUGGUGGCAGGAGGGCAGGGACAGAUUUGCAAUUAUGCACCUCAAAGCCUCAUCCCUUUUGUUGGGUGUGGAGGAAGAGAUCAGUGACAGGAAGAUGUCAAACUGGGAGCAGAGUCAGGGGAGAGGGAAUCAUAGCAAUGUCUGGAUCACGACUCUCAAAGAUCAUGUGCUGCAGGGAAGGAAGCGGUCAAAGGAGGAAGGGAAAACUGACAGAAGUCUGGGGAAAAAAUCAGAGCUGUUGCUGCAUUCCCCUAUCUCCUCCAUUGGUCUUUGAUUUUUGGCAAUAUAAUUUGCUCUUCUCAUCUGUUUUGUGGUGAGAAUGGUCUUAAGACUGAGAGAUGAGAGAGAAUAUGAGAGUCAUGAGGAGCCAAUGUGCCAAAGUGCUUUAUAGCCAAAAUGCUGGAGUUGAAGUAAAGAGGGAAACUGAAAUCUCAUAUUCCUAGUAUAGUUAAGAAAAUUUCCAAACUCUAUUAGAACUUUUCUUCUGUGGUGUAUUACACCUGUCUGGCUGCAAAGAAUAGCUGAACUUACCUGUCUGUAUGCUGGACAGCAUAGAGUGAAGGUUAUACCUCUCCUUUGCUAAUAAUUUUCUGCCCUUGGAAAAUGCUGUGGUGUGCUGAUAACUUUGCUAGCACUCUGCCUCUACAGAUCCUGCAGAAGACUUUGGGAACAUAUUAGACCUACAGCUCAUACUAUCUCUUUGGUUGUUGCAGGCUCACCCACUAAACUCAUCCCUGAAAUAACAGCAUACUGACACUUUGAAAACAUAGCACUUUCCAAGCCAUCGCAAUUUUACCUUCUCCACUUUCAGUGCACAGGAGGCUAGCCAACAACCCUGAGAUUUUAUACUCAGUGUAAAACUGUGCAUUUAAAAAAUAAUGUGUUUCAUUUUCUUCUCUCAAUCCAAGUCACAUUUCUUUAAGCUAAAUGUUUAAGUAUUGUUAGAAAUGCUGAAAGGCUGUGUUUAGUCAAAUGGGGACUAAGAAAAAGUUGUAAGAUUGGAUAUGUAUAACUUUGUUUUCAGAAUAAUUCUAGUUUUGAAAGACUUCUUCAAGUUAACUCGAAUUGUACCUGUGCAAGUAACUUCACUUGAGUUAAUCUAAGUGGAAGACCUGAGAAGAAACAAAAGGACACUUAUGGUAAUAUUUAACAGAAGCCUUUCUGGCACUGGAGGUCAAAGGCACAUCCACACAAUGAAUCUGGGGGAUGUCUGUCUGCCUGCCAGCUUGUUAGAGUGCCUUAAUGAAAAUACAUGUAUGUAGCAUGAACUGUGGGUAAGAAUCAAAGCAAAUGUGGCCAUUCACUGAA